AUGGGCGCUAGAGGCUUCCUUUCUUCUGGAAAGGAGAAAGUUCCCACGAUCCCCAUCAUCGCUCCUGAUGGAUUCACCAAAGUCACUAUGAACGAGAACGUCACCCCAGGCCCGGCUCUGCGCCAAAGAGCGAAUUUCAGGUAUGGAAAGGCGCUGGCAAAAGGUCCGGAAGGCCAAAUUGGAAUUGGACUUGGCAUGGGAACAAGUGUUAGGAAAGGAUCAUUGACUCCUAUAAAUAAGUUGGUUAAGAGGACCGAGGAGGCACAUGUUGCUGGUGGGGUUAAGAUUGCGUUUCAGGUGGUACCUGAGACUGAAGCGCCUGCGCAAAAGAUUUUUUGGUUUCUGGACUUUAGGGCUUUGUGUGUUCCCGAGACGGCUGAGAGUUGUGGCGCUUCGAGCUGUGUUAACGAAUUUGGAGUUGUUGCGGGUGUUGAGAGGGGAGGAAGGAGUGUCCUCGCUACUGCCCUUCAACCUUCAAUCGAGUGUGCAGCUCACUACCAUAUCGUUUUCGGCCAAUUCGAAUCCACAUUGUAG